CUUUGGGUGAAUUAUUCGCUUUCCACGGUUCACCACUUCAUAAUUGGCAUUCAAUCAUUCGGUAAUACCACCUUUGUCCGUGUGCGUGUUAAUGAUGUGACAAAGUUAUGUCGCACUCUUUCUCAUUUAAUUUUACAACUUCCUAGAACAUCACUUAAUUGGAAAAAAGUUGUACAUGGAAGAGCAUUUGGGGAUGGAGUUUAUCAUUCCCUUCAAGCUGCAACCUCAGCAUCAUAUGCUGGAGCUUCAUAUCAUCGAUAUGAAACAGGUGUAUGGAAAAAUUCGAUGUUGGUUGUCCAAAAAUGUAUGGCUUUAUGUGAAAUAGUGAAUAGGCCGUCACAGUUCAGAAGCACAAAUCCUCACUUAGUGGUUCAGGAUGAAAAUUGGAUUACAACUCGUUAUCUUUUUGUCGAGUGUUUGAGAGAUCCAUCAGAUCCUAAUAACGAAAAUGAAGAUGAAGAUUGGACGCCAACUUAUCAACCAACCCCUGUAGUUCCUUUAUAUAACAUGACGCCAUCUUUUACUACAUCACUAUCGAAUUCGCUAUCUAACGUUCUUAUUAAUCGUCGAAGAGACAACACAUAUAUAACAUUAGAUGGCCAAUAUUAUCCGAUGUGGUUCAAUAAUCAACCAUUGCAAAUUCCUAAACGUGACUUUUCCAUAAUCAAUAAUGAAAUACCAAAAGGAAGUUCGGUUGACGAAACUGAAGAAAAAAAUGAAGACAAGUUUGAAGUCGAUGAGGGUGACGGUUUUGACCUUAGUUUGUUGCCUCUUCCUGCGGAAUCAUCUAAAGCGGCUACACAACGUAUUUGCCGUGAAUUAAGGUCUAUUAUACAUAGACAAAAUGAUCCCUCUAAUGAUUUUGGCUUUAUUGUUAAUACCGAACAAUUACAGUCUGUUUAUCAAUGGGUCGUUCAACUUAAAGAUUUUGAUCCUACUCUUCCCUUGGCACAAGAUAUGGCCAGGAAUAAA